CCCACACACUCGUCUACAGUCGGUGCGUCGCUGUGUUUGUUGACGUUAAGUUUUGUUUUCCGUCGCUGUCGUCGCUGCCGUCGUCGUCGUUUUUCGUUUUCGUUUUUGGUAUUUCGUUUUGUUGGCUUUUUUCUUUUUCUCUGUUUUAAAUUGUUUUUUCAUUCGCACAUACACGAAUCUCAGGAUCUAGAAUACACCUUGUUCGGACGUAUUCCUGCAGCAGUAAUGAUAUUGACAUCUCGCGAAAGAAACAAACAUUAACAGAAUGAAGUAAUUGAAUCAGAUAAAAUAUUAAUUUCAAACAAGUCACUAAUAUGCGAAUCAAUGGCGCUGAAUCACUGUCAUCGUCUUCAAAAUCUGAAGCCGAUGACAUGAUUGAAACGGAAAAUGAAUCGCUGCGUGAACGUGUAUGUGACUUAGAAAAGAAAGUUUUAGAACAAGGUGACGAAAUAGUAUGUCUCCGAUCAACGUUAGCUGAUGUACUUAGGCGGUUGAACCAAUUAGAAGGCAGUCGGACAUUGAGUCUCAAUACAUCGGCUCUGAAGAAUGGAAACACGCCUAGGGCGGGAAACCAUUAUGGUGGAAAUGGUCAUCAUUUGAUUUCACCAACAUUAUCACAAAAAGAAGUAACACUUCGCUAUAGAUCUGCAAAUGAACACCCUGUAUCUGCAUUAAGGGAUCCAGUUAGAAGAGUCCCUAGUCACAAUAACUCACAUUCUUCAUUACCUCAAAGGAGGGCUGUACAUUACCAAUCAACUGGUUCAUUGCAUUCCGACUCGCCAAGUUCGAGUAGUGUAUCGCCAGUACCUCCAGCAUCACCAUCCCCUUCACCAACAAGGCCUGGUACUGCUCAAAAACCUCAGCGUUCAAGUGGCACAAAUUUGUAUAAUUCAAAGAGAUGGAGUAGUACUGGAGAUUUUAAUCAGGCACAAAAUUUUAGUGUUGCACCCCAAUCUUCCACCUUAGCUUCCAGACUUGGCACAAAGUCGUUGCUUAAUUUGAAUUUGCGAUCACAACCACAACAAAAUCAUAAUCAUCAUUAUCAUCAAAAGCACGGUACACGUGAUGCUACGUAUAAUGAAGAAGAAGGCAGCGUACGGAUGUUCCUCCGCGGACGUCCCAUCAACCUGUACGCACCGACUGCUGAGAUCGCGACCUACGACAUCACCAAAGUGGCCACCGCUCCUUCGUCCAAGUUAAAACUCGAUUGGGUUUACGGGUACAGGGGAAAAGACUGCCGUUCUAACUUAUACUUGUUGCCCACCGGUGAAAUGGUAUACUUCGUAGCCUCCGUUGCUGUACUGUACAACGUCGAAGAACAAAGCCAGAGACAUUAUUUGGGACACACUGACGAUAUCAAAUGCUUGGCCAUUCACCCCAACAAGCUGUUAGUGGCUACUGGUCAGACUGCCGGACACGAUAAUCAUGAAGGAAAACCUCAUAUUCGAGUGUGGAAUUCAGUCAGUUUAGCGACGGUGGUCGUGUUGGGAUUGGGAGAAUUUGAACGGUCUAUCAGCUGUCUGUCGUUUUCCAAAGCGGACGGUGGUAGCCUUUUAUGCGCCAUUGACGAAGGAAACGAUCACAAUAUAUCCGUGUGGGACUGGCAGAAGAACGAAAAGGGUCACAAGAUCACGGAGACCAAGUGUUCUAUGGACACUGUUGUGGCUGCGGAAUUCCACCCACUGGAGCGCAACCAAAUCGUCACCUGCGGCAAGGGCCACAUCAGUUUCUGGACACUGGACGCCGGCGGUACCCUGUACAAGCGCAACGGUAUAUUCGAGACUACCCGCGAUCGUCCCAAGUACGUGACGUGCUUGGCGUUCACGCAGAACGGAGACGUCUUGUCCGGAGACUCAAACGGAUCCGUUGUCAUAUGGGGACGUGGCACAAAUAAUAUCAUAAAAGUCGCACGAAAUGUACACGAAGGAUCAGUGUUUUCCAUCUGUGUUUUGAAAGAGGGCAGCAUUAUAACUGGAGGUGGUAAAGACGGUAAACUGAUCCAGUUUGACACUUCGAUGCAUCCCACUGGAUAUGAAGCACAAAUAGCUGAACAUUUAGGUGGUAUUCGUACAGUAUCUGAAGGUCGUGGAUCACAGUUACUAGUUGGAUCUACCCGCAAUUGCAUUUUGAUUGGAUCUCUGUCAAUGGGCUUCAGUCCUGCUGUCCUGGGCCACACGGACGAACUAUGGGCAUUAUGUCCUCAUCCUACUUUAGCUCAAUUUCUUACAGCCGGAUUUGAUCGUAUUGUCCAACUCUGGGACUCAUUGUCUCGCUCUGUUGUAUGGAGCAAAGACAUUGCAGAACAAGCACAGUCAGCUGCAUUCUCUAGCGAUGGUCGAAUAAUCAUUGUUGGUUGCGUAUCUGGAAAAUGGAUCGUAAUGAAUUCAGAAACACGAGAAAUUUAUUCGACUCACAUCGAUGGAAAUGAACCAAUACAGGUUGCAAAAUUCUCGCCAGACGGCCAACUACUUGCUCUUGGUUCCAGGGACAAUUACAUCUAUAUAUAUCAGGUCACAGAUGGCGCCAGAAAUUACACUCGUUUAGGCCGUUGCACCUGUUGGGAAGAUAAACGUCGCAGGAGAUGUAGCACUGGUGCUAUUAUUGACAAGAUGUCGGGCCAUUCAAGCUUUAUCACUCAUUUGGAUUGGUCUAAAGAUAACGAACACCUGCGCAGUAACUCUGGAGACUACGAGUUGUUAUAUUGGAAAGUGAAAGUUUGUCGUCAAGUCACUCACAGCACUCAACUUAGGGACACAGUGUGGGCAUCCAACUCUUGUGUGUUGACAUUUUCUUCCAUUGGAAUAUGGCCUGAAGGAGCUGAUGGUACUGAUGUUAACGCAUGCGAACGAUCAAAUGGAUCUAAGCUGAUGGCUACAGGAGACGACUUUGGUAAAGUGAAACUGUAUUCAUACCCAGUCAAACAACCUAAGUCGCUGUGCCACGUGUAUGGAGGUCACAGCAGCCAUGUGACAAACGUGACUUUCUUGCACGACGACUCCAGACUGAUAUCGAUUGGUGGCAAAGACACCAGUGUCCUACAAUGGGAAAUCAUUUAAAAGAAGAGCGUUAAUUGAAUCUUAUUAUUAUUAUUAUUAUUAUUACUAUUAUUAUCAUCAUUAUUAUCGUUCAAAUGAUUCUUCACCAUUAAAAGUAAAAAUUAAUUUUUGAAUUCAUAAUUAUAUUUAUUAUUAUUUAGUACAUUUUUUUAACAAUAUUCACUUUAGCACAAAUAUACUAUGUGUAUUAUAACGUGUUUAUGUUAUUAAAAUGUUCUAUAUUAUUCGUUAUUACACAUUCAAUGUUAUGUCAACAAUUAUUUGUAGAAUAAUUCAUUAUUAUUAUUAUUAUUAUUAUUAUUAUCGUCAUCACUCGUUUUUUCGGUCGAAUUGUAUUAAUUAUAACAACAUUAUUAUUAUUACUAUGUACUUUUGU